AGGUCGGGCACAGACACUUCAGAGAGACGAAUAAAAAAGUCGGGAGAGAGAGAGAAAGAGACCACGAAGGUUCACUGCUCGUCAAUGGCAGUUAGGGUUUUUUCAAUUGAUCCCCGAACGUGAUUCUCCUUUCUUGUCCCACCUUUAUUUAUCAUUUUUCCUCAAAACCCUAAUAUUUUAUAUCCUCUAAUCGACCUCCACAAUUCAAUCUCUUAAUACUUUUCACUCUCAAUCUCAAUUAAUAAAGAGUGAAGCUGUGAUGGGUGCGCAAGAAAAACCACCCACUGCGAACAAUUCGCUGCAGCGGGUUAAGGUCUAUCGUCUGAAUGAUGAUGGAAAAUGGGAUGACCAAGGAACUGGGCAUGUCAUCAUUGAUUAUUUGGAGAGAUCAGAAGAACUGGGUUUGUUUGUCACUGAUGAAGAAGAUAAUGAAACUUUACUUUUGCACCGUAUCACCUCAGACGAUAUUUAUCGAAAGCAAGAAGAUACAAUUAUUUCUUGGAGAGAUCCAGAGUAUUCAACUGACUUAGCUCUUAGCUUUCAAGAGACUACAGGGUGCUCCUACAUAUGGGAUCACAUUUGUAAUGUGCAAAGAAAUCUGCAUUUUAACACACUUAACAAUGAGGUCUACCAUAGUGUCAAUAGUGGUUUGAGAGAUUUGCCUGCAGUUGAGCUAUCUACACUUCCUUUAAUACUGAAGACUGUGGUUGAGAGUGGCAUUGCUGAUCAGAUGCGUGUGACAGAACUCAUAUUACACUACCAAGAUUUUUUGCUAAAGCUGAUGGACCUGUUUAGAAUCUGUGAAGAUUUGGAGAAUAUUGAAGGACUUCAUAUGAUAUUUAAAAUAGUCAGAGGGAUCAUUUUACUUAAUAGUCCUCAGAUCUUUGAGAAAAUCUUUGGGGAUGAAUUGAUCAUGGAUAUUAUUGGGUCCCUUGAAUAUGAUCCUGAGGCACCUCGUGUCCAUCAUCGAACUUUUCUGAAAGAGCAUGUGGUGUUUAAGGAGGCUAUACCAAUUAAAGAUCCUGUAGUCCAGUCGAAGAUACACCAGACUUACAGAGUUGGUUAUUUGAAGGAUGUCGUCUUGCCUAGGGUGUUGGAUGAGGCUACCACUGCAAGUCUCAAUUCCAUAAUUCAUUCAAACAAUGGCAUUGUUGUUUCUUUGUUAAAAGAUGACAGCACCUUCAUUCAGGAAUUGUUUGCAAGGUUGAAAUCAUCUACAACUUCUGCAGAGUCAAAGAAAACUUUGGUGUUAUUCUUGCAUGAGUUUUGUAGUCUAAGCAAGAGCUUGCAGAUGGUCCACCAACUCCGGCUAUUUAAGGAUCUUGUGAAUGAAGGGAUAUUUGACAUCAUCUCUGAUGUUUUGCAGAGUCAAGAUAAAAAGCUUGUAUUAACUGGGACAGACAUCCUCAUUUUUUUCCUGAAUCAGGAUUCAAACCUUCUGCGUUCAUAUGUCACUCGGCUGGAAGGGCACCCUCUUCUUGGACUUCUGGUGAAAGGUAUGAUAACAGAUUUCGGGGAUGACAUGCAUUGCCAAUUUCUUGAAAUCCUUCGCAGUCUUUUAGAUACAUCAGGAUUACAGAUUGUCGAGAUCUUCUAUGAGAAGCACUUGGGUCAGCUAAUUGAUGUCAUAACAUCAUCAUGCCCUCCAGGGGGCAUUGGUGAAUCAGUCUGUACAUCCGCAGGAUCUGCUGGAAGCUCUACGGUUCAAUCCCGUGCGAAGCCUGAAAUACUUCUAAACAUAUGUGAACUGUUAUGCUUUUGCGUUUUGCACCAUCCAUUUAGAAUAAAGUGUAAUUUUCUUCUCAAUAGUACUGUAGAUAAAGUUUUGUUUCUGACUCGAAGAAGGGAAAAAUACCUUGUAGUUGCUGCUGUGCGAUUUGUUCGAAUUCUUAUUUCCCGUAACGAUGAGUACCUGAUGAAUCAUAUUGUGAAGAACAACCUUUUGAAACCAAUUGUGGAGGCUUUUGUUGGCAAUGGCAAUCGUUAUAAUCUUUUGAACUCUGCAGUUCUAGAACUUUUUGAGUAUAUGCGGAAGGAGAACUUGAAGAUAUUACUUAAAUAUUUAGUUGAUUCGUUCUGGAAUCAGUUGGUCAAUUUUGACAAUUUAUCUUCGAUACAAUCUCUAAAAGUUAAAUACGAGCAGUCCCUGGAAAACUCUGGAACAAGAGGCACGGUUGAUGUGCUAGAUCCCAGAAAACGAACAGAUGGGCGUGGUCUGGAGAAAGAAGAGGAAGAUUACUUCAACGAGGAUAGUGAUGAAGAAGAUUCAGCAUCUGCAUCCAUGUCACAUACCAAUAGAGUGCGAGCUCAGCCUGUUCCCAAUGGAUCUGCUGCAAGCUAUUCAUCGUUAAGUUCAAGGUCUGGGGGACUUGUUGAUUAUGAUGACGACGAGGAUGAUGAAGACUACAAGCCACCACCUAGGAAGCAGUCAGACCCUUCUGAUGAAGACGAGGGAACAAUUGAAUCCUUCAGGUUAAAACGGAAAUUGACUUCAAAAGAGGAUCCUGAGCCGAAAAAGAAGCAGCGAUUGGGUAAAAAUGUAAAAAAGGAGAGUGUAUUUGCUGCCUUGUGCUCAACUCUGAGUCAGGCAGUAUUACCAAGUAAGAAAACAGCAAGCGCCGUGGAUAUUGUUCCUCGCUCCGCUGAUUCAGACAAGAGCAGCUCAAAUGAAGAGAACCGCCAAGAGAAGGGACAUUCUGCAAACUGUCCUGAUAAUGGUAGCAGUUCAGAUGAGGAAUAUCAUUUAGGCAAGGAGCCUGCUGCUCCUAGAAUCUGUUCAGAUAGCUUGCACAAUACUUCAGACGGUAGGAAGAUGGGUGGGGAGGAUUGUCCGUUGGUACCUCAAAAGUCCUCACCAGAAAUGGCUGUAAAUGGAUCUUAAGUUAUUAUGAGGAAUUAUAUUGGACAUUGUGACUUCUUCAUCUGUUGGAUACAACUCGUAUAUGUGCUAGUUGGCAAUCAGCUCUGUGCUACUAAAGGAAACCCAAAAGAGAACUGAGCCAAGAAUACGGGAAUGAUUGGUUGGUUUAUUAUAGUGUUCCAGCACGGGGAGCGGAUACUGUACAGUUAGAAGGCUGCGAGACGUCAUACUCUUAUAAUGUGGUUCCAGACUUCAUUCAGUCGUUUUGAUGUUUUGAGCUGAGUACUUUUUGCUUCUGUAAAACAUUCAUCAGCAUUAAUUCUUCCUUUUUUUCCAAUUUUCUUUUCAUCUUGUGUCGCGGUCACUGUUUUUUUUUUUUUUUCUCUUUAUUAGCAAUAUGAAUGAUGUGAUAGGUGGGGUACAAAAGUCACCCUAUGUGGUUUCCCUUCAUUGUGCAGUUUCUGCUUUUUGUUGAGUGAGUGCUGUUGGUGUAACAGUGAGGAAAAUUUAGUGGAUUGGUUUGAGGUCAAAUUUUCUGAUUUAGCAUUCAGUGUAAUCUUAUACAUAGACAAUUGUACAUUAAAAUCUUAAAGUCUAAAUUUUUCGGCUGGAAA